UUUUUUCCUGAUUAGCUCAGCCUUAAAAAUUUAAUUCCAUUUCUAAAUUUUCUCUAAUUGUUUUAUACUCAACAUGAAAGCUAUCAUUUGAUUUAAAAAUAUCUAGCCAGAUAGAACUCAGAGGCCUCUUUCUUAUGCCCUUCCUAUUCACCAAGGCAGAAUUAAUUGUGCCCUUCUACCUAGUCCCAUAUUACCUAUUAUAUUUUGCAACUGUUUGCUAUUUCUCUUUUUUUAUGUGACUUAAUUUAUUUUUCCUCACCAUAACCCCAUGGAGUAGGUGCAGUUAUAUCCCCACUUUGCAGUGGAAGAAUCUUGAGUCACAGAAGGAUUAAGUAACUUACCCAAAAUCCCAGAGAGCUGGGCAGAGUCAGGAUUUGAAUCCAGACUGGCUGGCACCACAGUCCUUUUUCUUCCUGUGUCCUGCGUCCUUGGUGAAGAAUUCAUGAAGGAGGAAAUGAAAGACAGGUGAAAAAUGGUGCUGAAGCAUGAAUCAAAUCUGGGAGCCUCUGAUGUAAAAGAAAAGUCUGGGCUUGAUAUGGACAGAAAAAAAUCUGGAGUCGAACGCCACCUUUACCACUUACCAGCUGUAUGGAUUUUACUAAGUAUGGACCAGUAUUUACUGUCUUUGCUAUGGGAAACCGAAUGACAUUUGUUACUGAAGAAGAGGGAAUUAACAUAUUUCUAAAAUCCAAAGAAGUAAAUUUUGAGCUAGCAGUACAAACUCCCGUCUAUCGUACAGCAUCAAUUCCAAAGAAUAUCUUUUUAACACUGAAUGAAAAGCUAUAUAUUAUGAUGAAAGGGAAAAUGGGGACCUUCAACAUACAUCAGUUUACUGGGCAACUGACUGAAGAAUUACAUGAACAAUUGGAAAAUUUAGGCACUCAGGGGACAAUGGAACUGACCAACUUUGUAAGGAAUCUCCUUUAUCCUGUCACAGUGAAUAUACUCUUUAAUAAAGGUUUGUUUCUUACACACGAGAGGAAAAUGAAGGAGUUUUACCAGCAUUUUCAAGCUUACGAUGAGGGUUUUGAGUAUGGGUCCCAGAUGCCAGAAUGGCUCCUGAGAAACUGGUCAAAAUCCAAAAGGUGGCUCCUAGCCCUAUUUGAGAAAAGCAUUCCAGAUAUAAAAGCAUAUAGAUCUGCAAAAGAUAAUUCUGUGACAUUAAUGCAGGCUGUGCUGGAGAUUCUAGAGAUGGAAACAAAUAAACUAAAUCCAAAUUAUGUGCUGCUAAUGCUUUGGGCUUCUUUAUCAAAUACUAUUCCUGUUGCGUUUUGGACACUUGCAUUUGUCCUUUCUCAUCCCGAUGUCCACAAGACCAUUAUGGAAGGCAUAUCUACUGUGUUUGGCACAGCAAAAGUUCUCUUUGCAGGUAAAGACAAGAUUAAAGUGACUGAGAAAGAAUUGAAGAAGCUCCUUCUCAUUAAAUGGUGCAUUUUGGAAACCAUUCGGUUAAGAGCCCCUGGUAUUAUUACUAGAAAAGUAAUGAAGCCAAUUAAAAUUUUGAAUUUUACUAUUCCUUCUGGUGACCUGUUGAUGUUGUCUCCAUUUUGGCUACACAGAAACCCAAAGUAUUUUCCUGAACCUGAACUGUUCAAACCUGAACGCUGGAAAAAGGCAAAUUUAGAGAAGCAUGCUUUCUUGGACUGCUUCAUGGCAUUUGGAGGCGGGAAGUUCCAGUGUCCUGGAAGGUGGUUUGCUCUGUUAGAGAUUGAAAUAUGUAUUAUUUUAAUACUUUAUAAAUAUGACUGUACUCUUCUGGACCCAUUACCAAAACAGAGUUAUCUCCAUUUGGUGGGUGUCCCCCAGCCAAACGAUCAAUGUCGAAUAGAAUAUAAACAAAGAAUAUGACAUCUGCGGGGGCUCAAGAGGGCCAGAACCUUCUGGAAGAGAGAUGCCCCCCACUCCUGGCAGCAUCCCUGACACUAACCUGGCAGCACCUCCACCUGAGCUCUGCUGAAACAUCCUGCUUCACUUUGUUUGGGGAUUUAGUUCAAGAAAAUAUCCAAUGGUACAUGUUUGAUAUCUUCAAAACUAGGAAUCUGACAUCAUUUUCUUGUGAAUGUGAUCUAUAGCAAGUUUUUUUGCUUUAAAUUUUUAUGAGUAUAUUAUAGUUAUUCACAAUAUUAGGGUUAAUUUUGAUAUAAUCAUACAAAUAUGGAAUAUUAUUUGUUCCAGUUCAGUCCCCAGUACUCCUCUUUCCCUGCCACUCUCCCUCCACCUGUUCCCUUUCCUCUACUCGACUGGUGUUUCUUCUAUUUAGUAAUCAGUUUAUUUUAAAUCAGUGCCUUAUAGAUAUACAUAAAGCUGAAAUGCACUGUGGUUUAUUCAUAUAUGUACUUAGGAUAGCUAGGUCAGUUUCAUUCCACUGUUCCUCCUUUUUCCCAUCAUUUCCCGCUUUCCUCAUGAAAAUAGACGAAAGGUCAGUGGAAAAUGUUGAAAUAAUUAGAAAAAGCAUUUUGAAGAGUUGGAAUUUAGUUUCUUAUGCAACUGUAUUAUAACUUCAAAUAGAAACAAAGUCAUUCGAAUGGAAAUCUUAGCACAUAAAAUUCACUUUGAAGGCAGCACACAAAUUUCUAUUUUGAAAAAAACUAAAAAUCUUAGAUACUAAAUAAUUUAAUGAUUCUAAAAUUUUUCUACUUUUUAUAUGAUUCUUAGCUAGCAAUUGGAAUUCUUAGGCUCUCUUAAUAUAAUUCUUUAUUAUAAAUGGAUCUAAUGCUAAAAGCAUGAAGUGAUAGUUUUCUAAGAGCAGUGAGGAGAGGGAUCAUGUCUUACACUCAACUUUGUACUCUGCUAUGCCUAGGACAGCAUCUUCUCUACAGGAAAUAUUUAAUAAAUGCAUUUUGAUUGAUGUAUUGAUUUGUGUUUUAAUAAAGGUGGAAUCACUCACUUUA